UAAAGGCCGAUAAAGGUGUAGCUGGGUGUAGGACUUUGAUGCGUACAAUUUUCGUACCGUGAUUUAACAAUUUUAAUAGACAAUAAAGUCGUAAAACGACAGAUAUGGCCGACAAAAAGCCUACAAAGCAAACAGAAGAUGAAGAAUUGGACGACUUAUUAGACAAUGCUUUAAAAGAUUUUAAUAAAGAACAAAAACCAGAUAAAGAGGAUCCUGGGAAAUUAGAUACUCCAGAACCUACGACAGAUAAGAGCACAACUGAAAAUUUAGAGGAUGCUUGGACUACAGAUUUUAUUAAACAAGCUGCAGAACAAUUUGAGGAAAACCUACAGAAUUUCAUUCAAAAUGGAGCAGAUGGUGAAUUGGGAGCUUCUUUUCAAAGAAUGGCACAAACAGUUGCAAGUGUAAUAAAAGAUGAUGAUACGCUUGACAAAGACAGUGUGAGUACAGAUUUUCAAUCUGCCAUUGCUCGAGCAUUAAAUGACUUGUCUGCAACAUCUGAAAAUUUACAGAGUGAUGCUCAUUUAUCUGAACUAUUCGGACAAGCGUCUAUAGAAGAUGGUCCUGCUGCUAUUCUACCAUUUAUGCAAGGAAUGUUGCAACAUCUGCUAUCAAAAGAAAUUUUGUAUCCAUCAUUGAAAGAAUUAGCAGAUAAAUAUCCUGAAUGGUUAGAGGAAAAGAAAGCAACGAUAUCGUCUAGUGAUCUACAAAGGUUUACAAAACAGCUUGAAUUAAUGAAACAGGUAUGUAGUGAACUUGAGAAGGAAAAGGAUGGAGAUUCGGAAGAAAUUAAAAAGAAACGUUUCGAAACUGUAGUAUCGCUUAUGCAAGAAGUUCAAAGUUGCGGUCAAUUACCCGAAGAAUUGGUAGGAGAUCAAUGUCCUUUUCAAGUCGAUGCCGACGGUGAGCCUGUUAUUCCAGCACUGUUUCGUGGUAUGGAAUCGCCACAAAAUUGUCGUUUGAUGUAAACGAAUUAUCUAACCCAUGCUUUGCAACAAUACUGAAGAAGCUGAUAAAUUGGGGAAGGAUUGAGAUAUCAAAUUAGGGAUAUACAAUGCGCUAACAAUUCGGAUUGUUUCCGACGUGUACAUAUUAAUUACAUGUGCAAUCGAUACAUGUAAAGCGUAUUUAAUACAUUUUAUUAUUCUGAAAAACCGCUGUGAUCUAGAAAGAAUCGCACUUGUAAAUAAAAUAUGUCCAGACAGGAAUGCAUACACGCGUGCAUACGGAAGUAUGUACGUACGUGAAUGUUUUACGUUUAUUACAUAUUAAUACAUUUGUCUGCUUUAAACGA